AUGCAACAAACCUCAUCCUUCCGUCCAAAAGAAAUUGACUCGUCGGGAUGCGCGACCACCUACACGAUUUACGUCGCGGUGGCGCGGCGUUCGGACUGUUCCGGCCGUUCGUGCCGGCGCGACCGAGGCCGACCGAACGCCGCCGAGCUCAACCGAGCGCGGCCGAGCGCGGCCGAGCGCAGCGGGAGGCGGGAGGACGCGCGCGAGCGGCGUCGGGUGUGUACGGAGCGCGCGCCGGUACGUAGAGAGCGAUCGUUGUUCGAAAAAGUCGAGGUUUUCGUGUACGUGAGGUCGUCAAGGAGUCGCUUUAGCGGGGUGUGCACGUCUUCCACGAAAUCGCACGUUAAAUUUGACCCACGAUCGUCGAGUCGCGUUAUCGGACACCUCGAGACGUGUCUCGUCGGAAAGAACCCGGCACGUGCCGGCUGUUUCUCUCGAGCCACAAGCCGGCGAAAAACUAACCCUCAAAGGCAACUGCUGAACUGCGUACGGAGACGCUUCGACCAGCUUCGAGAGGUACGUAAUCUUGAAGUUCCUAUUCGAUUUGGAUCCCGAAGUCACACCGACGGUGCAGACGAUUGA